UGCGUCCACUGGCGCCUCCCGCCUGUGAGACCCUCUGAGCUCCCGUCCCCCGCGGUUCCUCCCGGGCCCCCUACGUUUAGAGACGCGUCAAGGCAAUAUUGCAUUGGGGUCAUGGAGGCCGAGCACGCGACGAGCUCCGACGGCGAGGGGGAUGGUUCGAGUGUGAAUAUGGAUGAAUUCAGGGAAAGUAUUCGCGUGGACCGUCAGAAUUUCUAUUGCGAUUGGUGCAUGAUGGUCAUCCGCAGCAGCGACGACUGGAAUGCGAAGGCGCUCGACGAGCAUUUCGAGCGCGAAGAAGGUAAAGACGACGACGAGCGCCACGACCCGAACUAUAGCUCUGAGCAAUUCGAGGGCAUCACGCCGCUCCACAUCGCGGCGAUGGAGGGCCCCGCGUCCUGCGUCGCGGUGCUGCUCAAUCACGGCGCGCGCCACGACGUCCGGUGCUACCACGGACGCACGCCGUUGCUCUACGCGGCGCUCAACGGCUGCUUCGACGAGUCGGUCCUGCUCCUCAAGGCCGGCGCGGACGUCCACGCCCACGACGACCACGGAGACGUGCCGUUCGCGUGGGCCGCGCGAUACGGACGCCCGGCCACGGCGAAGCUCCUCCUCCGGCACGGCGCGUCGCUCGACGACUUCGACGGCAACGUCUACGACCCCUUCACGGACAACUCUCCCGCGGCGCAGCACCACCGGGAAUGCAUGGGCGAUAUUCGCGCGCUCGUCGAGGGCGUCGGCGCCGCCGGGAGCUACCGCGAGUACGAGCUCCGGGCCCGCGUGCGGCUCCUCGCGCUCCUCGAGCUCUGCGCCGCGGGCCGCGCGACCCCCGGCUCGCGGUGCCCCGAGGUCCUCCGGCGCCUCUUCCCCGCGCCGGCGACGUCGGGCGGCGCCGCGCGCGGGCGGACCCGCGCGGCCCGUUUCGCGCACAGCGCCGCGGUCAACGCGCUCCCGAAGGCGCUCCUCUGGGAGGUCCUCGCCUUCUGGCGGAACUUUUAGCUCCUCGGCCGCGACCUGGCAGCCUGGCAUUCUCGGACGCGCAGGAGCUACGAAGCUUUUCUUAGAUAACUCACCGCCGCCUC